AUGAUAGGCGGGACCCACGUGGCGCAGGUUGUGCGUGCGGUUGCCAACGGCGACGGGGACUGGGCCGAGGUGCCGCGUUGUGUCCGGGAGGCGGUUGUCCUGGCGCUGGCCGGGCGGGAGUCGCAGGCGGCGGGAGGGGUUGGCGCCACCGCCGAGGCAGCGGCGCGGCGGCACUGCGACCGGUGGCCGGAGCCGCGUGAGGGAUCGCGGGCGGCGGUCUCGUCGCUCUCGGAGGAGGUGGUGCAGCGCAGCGUGCGGACCUUCGAGGACGCGGCGUGGGUGCGGGACCAGGCGGUGCGCAGCUUUGCGCAGUUCCACAACACCGUGGAGGAGACCCGCGAGGGGCUGCGGCACCACCUCCGCGCCUUGUGGCGCACCGCCGCCCAACUCGACCCCGCGCUGCUCCGCGACCUCCGGCGGGAGCGGGGCCUCAGCCCGGGCGACGAGGUUCCGGAGAACGUCGUCCUCCCCACCGCCGCGCUGCGGCGCCUGCGGCAGCUGGAGGCGAUGGUAGACGAGGUCGCCGACGGCGUCGAGGCGCUGCGGUGGGCGUCGGUGCGGUUUGCGGCGAACCUCCUCUCUGAUGAUGAGAAGCGGGCGAUGGGGCUCGACCCGGCGGACCUGCGGGCGGAGGAUGUGCCGCCCGGCCCGAGCAGCACGCCGCCGAGGCCCGGGGAGGAGCCGACGCUGAGCGAGAGGCGGCAGUGCUGCAUGAGCCGCGUCGCGCUGCUCGACGGGGCGUCCAUGCAGCAGCUGGCGGAGGAGGAGCCGUCCCACCACCGCUUCUCGCAGUCGACCAAAGGCGCCGGCUCGCAGCACCGCGCGGCGUCCGAAAGCUCUCUAAGCAGCCUGGGCGCGCGGGCGUAG